AAUUGUGUUAAACUGCUACAAAAUCAGAGCAGUUCCCACCAACACAGCAUUUAAAAGAGCAAAACGGAGUGUGUGCGUGUGGUGCGUAUGCGUGUGUUCUCUGUCGUUGCCCAUAGUUUCAGUUCACUUGUGGUGUCCUAGUUUUGUCAUUGUUUGGAAAAACUUCGGUGGCGCAUCAGUGUGAGAAAAGUGCUGUCGAAUUUCAAUUGAAACGUUCCGUUUUCUCUGAAUCGUCUUCACAUUCGAACAAAUCUUUUAUUUUAAUUGUUAGAAUUUAGUGUUCAAUUUUCGCGAAAGAAGUGGUGAUUUUCGUGUUUGUUCUCUCAAUUUAUCCAAAGUUUUCCAUUUUUCCAAAGUGAAAAAGAAAUGCCGUUGCCAACGGUGAAUAGUUGCGUUUGCCUGAGAUUGCGAACGGCAGGUUUAGUGAUGGGUGUAAUAGCAAUUUCGGUGGAUUUGGUGUCGGUGGGCUUAUUCGUGCGCAUUAAUCAAUUGAAUCAUAAUACGGAUAACAGUACGGAAGGCAUAUGGGAAUUAGCUGUGACGACCAUUUGUCUGGUCAUAGCGGUUGCUUGGGUCUAUGGAAUCAUUUGUGAAAAAACCAGUCCAAUGCUUCCCUUUCUGGUUGUAUCAUUCGUUGGUGUCAUCGUAUUCGUUUUCCUGCCAUUCAUUUCGUUAUUUUACUUUUCUAACACCAAUGCCGAUCCAAUAAAGGGAACUAUCAUCUUCUUUUUUCUUUGCUAUAUUGGAGGUCUUGCCGGCUACACCUGGGUGGUUCAGUAUUCACUCUACAAACAAGUGGAAGAAAUCACAAUUGAAAAGCAUGAAGAGAGAAAUGGCGUUUAGCGGUUAAAGUUUACAAAUGAUGAUUAUACGUUGAUUUUGUACUUGAAAGGUUGGAAUCAACAUAAUAACUCUCUGCCAUCGACAUACAUGACCAAAGAAUUUUAGUCUUCGCAUUGAACUAUUAUUCGAAGAAACAUGUUUGGUUUCUGACAAUGCAAUUGUUUCAACUUUGAAAGUUUUUUUUUUGUAAGUUGUUACUUUUUUAAGCGUUAAAGUGAUUGAUGUCAACAAAUGAAUGACAAAAUAUAAUAUAAUUUAUUGGAGAAGAAUAAUUUUUUUAUAGACGUUAAAAGUACUUAACUGUUAUUCUUGUUAAUUUAAGCAAAAUCUGAUUAAUUAUUGAAGCAAUACAAAUGUAAACAAUUAAACUAACUCUAGCAACCAAAAAUUAACAUAUUAUUCCAAUUGUGUCAAUUCGUUAAAACUUAAAUAAAUUCUAUUUCAUUUACAAUUACACAAUUUCUUAGCUUUAGUUUCUUCUACAAAUAAAUUAAGAAAUCAGAAUUCAAUUUUUCACAUGAGAAAUAAGAAUUCAAGAUAUAAAUCGCAGUCAUUCAAAUUUUUAUUUUCAAUGAAAUAAAAUUCAAAUAAAACGAUUCCAUUUCAAAUCUU